AUGCUGAUUGUUGGUGUUGGGAACUUCUACAGUCCUUUGCUAGAUGGCCCUCUUUUCCACAAUUCCAACAAGCUCGAGUUUCUGGGCGUGGACCAAAUCCUCGCCCCCUGCCUCGUCCUCUACCUCUACCUCUGUCUCUUCCUCCCUGCAAAGAGUGACCUGGUGAAGAGGUCAACUGACUGCCCCCGUGCAUGGACUGGGUUCAAUGGCCGCUGCUUCCGCUACAUUCCAAAACCCAUGAGUUGGGCCAGAGCCGAGAAAAACUGCCACUCCAUGAAGGCAAACCUUGCAUCAGUUCAUGACAUGGAGGAGUACCAUGAGAUCCAGAGACUGAUAAUGACUGCAAGUCACGAGUAUAAAGAGACGUGGAUUGGYGGAACUGAUGCGCAAGAGGAAAAUCACUGGUUCUGGAUUGAUGGUACUCCUUUCCUCUAUACAAACUGGUGUCCCGGAGAGCCUAAUAACCACAGAAGACAGAAGCAGGAUUGCUUACAUAUGAACCAUGGAGGUCAAAAGUGCUGGGAUGACUUCCAGUGCUAUCUCCAAAGACCAUCUGUAUGUGCCAAGAAAGCCAGAUUCAUCUACUGAAUCCGCAAAGCUGGACCGAAUCCUGGAACCUGGAAUCAGUACUGAUACAUGAAGAGAAGCGACUGUGUCCAUUAAAAUCUUUUUCUUAAUUUUGCUCUUUCGCUUUUAAGCAACGUAAAAGAAAAAAAAAUAUCUGCAACAUUUUCAGAUUAAGGUAGUUUGUUUYGUCUUAUGUCUUCAGUAAUAGGCGACUGCUUUUGUGGAAGACUGCUUUUAG